UCCUCUUCCUUGUUUCUGAACUUUUCCUCGAGUCCGGGCAGAUGGUUCUUUCCUCGGGCUCCACACCCAGUAUUUGCUCCUUGUGACUCCCCUAGGGCCCCGCAGGUUCCUCAGCACCGCCCCCCCUCUAAGCGGACAGGUGGUCGGCUCCGCUGUACCUGGGGCGCAGUCUCUCCUCUCAGCGGAGGUUUCGGCGGGAGGCGGCGGUCAUGGCGGAGCGGGGCUCCUGGCUCCCUGUCCUCCUGUGUGUCUGCGUCCUGGCAGGCAGCAGCAGCGGGAUGCAGGUGACGGUGCAGAAUCCCUUCAAUGUGAUCAUCUUAUUCCAGCCGGUCACGCUGCAGUGCAGCUAUGAAACCAGCUCUCAGACGCCUCCGAUCGUCACCUGGAAGUUCAAGUCCUUCUGCAGGGAUCGCAUCGCGGACGCCUUUAACCCAUCCAGCGUUGACUCCACCACAAACAACCUGAUGCAGCAGGCCGGCUAUAACCCGUAUGUGGAGUGUCAGGACAGCGUCAGGACCGUGCGGACCGUGGCCACCAAGCAAGUCAACACCGUCACUCUGGGACCAUAUUAUCAGGGGCGGAAAAUCACCAUAAAUAACAACGCAGAUCUCACCUUUGAACAGACGGCUUGGGGAGAUAGCGGCGUUUACUACUGUACGGUCUUCUCCGCACAGGACCUGGGGGGAAACAAUGAGGCUUAUGCUGAGCUCUUGGUAUUGGGUAGAACAUCAGAGGGCUCUGAACUAUUACCAGACUUUCAGAUAGAUAACAUGGAAGACUGGCUUUUCGUCAUACUUGUCGUCCUCGCUGGAUUUUUUCUCUUCCUCUUGAUUGGAAUCCUGCUGGUGCCAUGCUCUCAUACCUGCUGCUGUUACGUACGCUGCCCGUGCUGCCCUGAGAAGUGCUGCUGCCCCAGAGCUUUGUACGAAGCCGGGAAAGCGGCCACCUCCGGAAUACCCAGCAUUUAUGCCCCCAGCGUCUACGCUCCCUCGAUGUACUCUCACCCAAGUCAGGCGAAGUUACCACCGCCAGGAUCUGUGGUAAAGAUGUACAACGGUUAUGAUUACGACGCCGCAAGCUCCGUGGGUGGACACAGCUCUCAGGUUCCUCUUAUUCGGGACCCCGAUGCACCAUUGUCUGUUCAUAGUGGCUACCCGCAUACAAGCCUAACCAGCAGGACGAUUCUAUGAGGUCCUGUACUACAUGGAGAAAGAACUGGCCAACUUUUGACCCAACCAGACCAGGACCACAAAACGGCAGAUUUGAGAAAUGCUUCUGCGAUGAGUGAGGUCAGCUCGUUACACGAGGAAAGAUCGCAGAAACAAACCUGCGCAGCGAUUCUUGGUCGAUUGAGGAAUCCAAGCCAUGACUCCUAUCCAGGACAUAGGAGUUUGAUAGUCUCCAUGAAAGCAACUACAGACGUCUUCCACGACACGGCCACAUGAUUACCAUGAUGACCGAUUUUCCUUACGAGAGGAGAGCACGUGCUCUCUCUAUGGAUGACUUGGACACCUGGACAGAAGAGAUCGGAACCGCGAUCCUCCUAACAGCCGAAGCCGAGGAAGACAUAACUCGGAUGAGGACAACGCAGCAGAGGCUAUGGCAGAGGCCGAGAUGGCCGUUCCCCUGACCCUCGUGAUG